AUGACAGCGUCUUUACUCCUCCACUCCCGCUGGAUCGAGCCGGUGAUGUUUUUGUGUGACAGCGGCUGCCCGGACGACGUAAGCAAGAGCAUGGAGGGAUUCCCGGGAGGUAAUUUUGCUGCCAACCAGUGCCGGAAUCUGAUGGCCCACCCUACUUCUCUUGCUCCCGGUGCGCCCUAUGGAUCGACUGAAGUCCCCGUGUCCGGGGGAACGGAACCGGCUAAGCAGUGCAGUCCGUGUCCGGCAGCUCAGAACUCCCCCGGUGCUGCGUCUUUACCUUAUGGAUAUUUCAGCAGUGGUUAUUACCCCUGCAGAAUGUCACACCACGGUGCAGUGAAGUCGUGCGCUCAGCCGGCCGCUUAUGGAGACAAAUACAUGGAGACGCCAGUUUCCGGAGAGGAGAUUCCAUCCCGAGCUAAGGAGUUCGCUUUCUAUCAGGGCUACUCAUCCGGGCAUUACCAGCCUGUGCCCAGUUACCUGGACGUGCCGGUCGUACCUGCGCUGAGCUCUCCACCGGAACCGAGACACGAGUCCAUUUUACCCGUGGAGACUUACCAACCUUGGGCCAUCACGAACAGUUGGAACAGCCCAGUGUACUGUCCGAAAGAGCAGACCCAGUCCAGUCAUCUUUGGAAGUCGUCUCUUCAAGACAACGUGCCAGGAAGUGAUGGAGGCUCCAUCCGCCGUGGGAGGAAGAAGCGCGUCCCCUACACCAAAGUCCAGCUGAAGGAACUGGAGCGCGAAUACGCCGCCAAUAAGUUCAUCACCAAGGACAAACGAAGGCGAAUUUCUGCUCAUACAAAUCUGACCGAGCGUCAGGUCACCAUCUGGUUCCAGAACAGGCGGGUCAAGGAGAAGAAAGUGGUGAACAAAUUCAAGACCAUCAGUUAA